GCCGUGUGUGUGUCUGUGUUGUUGUUCCGCGGCGGCGGCGGCGGCGGUAAGAUGGCUGCCCACGGGGGCUCCGCGGCGUCGUCGGCGCUGAAGGGGUUAAUUCAGCAGUUCAUGGCCAUCACCGGUGCAAGUGAAAGUGUAGGAAAACACAUGCUUGAAGCUUGUAACAACAACCUGGAGAUGGCCGUCACUAUGUUUUUGGAUGGUGGAGGAAUUGCUGAGGAGCCCAGUACCAGUUCAGCAGGUGUCUCUGCAGUCAGACCACACACAGAAGAAGAAGUUCGUGCCCCAAUUCCUCAAAAGCAAGAAAUAUUGGUGGAACCAGAACCUUUGUUUGGUGCCCCUAAAAGACGAAGGCCUGCACGUUCAAUAUUUGAUGGUUUCCGAGAUUUUCAAACUGAAACUAUUAGGCAAGAACAGGAAUUAAGAAAUGGAGGAGCAAUAGAUAAGAAACUCACCACCCUUGCAGAUCUGUUCCGGCCCCCAAUUGACUUGAUGCACAAAGGCAGCUUUGAAACAGCCAAAGAGUGUGGCCAGAUGCAGAAUAAAUGGCUGAUGAUAAACAUUCAAAAUGUACAAGACUUUGCAUGCCAGUGCCUCAACCGUGAUGUGUGGAGCAAUGAAGCUGUGAAGAAUAUUAUCCGGGAACAUUUCAUUUUCUGGCAGGUUUAUCAUGACAGUGAGGAAGGUCAGAGAUACAUACAGUUUUAUAAAUUAGGGGAUUUCCCCUAUGUUUCCAUCUUGGACCCACGGACAGGUCAGAAGCUAGUAGAGUGGCACCAAUUAGAUGUGUCUUCUUUCUUGGACCAAGUAACAGGGUUUCUGGGUGAACAUGGGCAACUGGAUGGACUUUCUAGCAGUCCCCCCAAAAAAUGUGCCCGAUCAGAGAGCCUCAUAGAUGCCAGUGAAGACAGCCAGCUGGAAGCCGCCAUCAGAGCCUCUCUGCAGGAGACACAUUUCGACUCAGCACAGGCAAAGCAGGAUAACCGCUCAGAUGAAGAAUCUGAAUCGGAACUUUUUUCUGGCAGUGAGGAAUUCAUAUCGGUUUGUGGCUCUGAUGAGGAAGAGGAGGUAGAGAAUCUUGCUAAGUCCAGAAAGUCUCCUCAUAAAGAUGUGGGGCAUAGAAAAGAGGAGAACAGAAGGCCACUGAUGGAGCCCCCAGCCAGAACUGAGCCUGGCACAGCCACAAACCAUCAAGGGUUGCCAGCUAUGGACCCUGAGCUCUUGGAGAUGUCACCCGAAAAGUCAGAUGGAAUAGUGGAGGGGAUAGAUGUCAAUGGACCAAAAGCACAGCUAAUGCUACGGUACCCAGAUGGAAAAAGGGAGCAGAUCACUCUUCCAGAGCAAGCUAAACUGCUGGCUUUGGUGAAGCACGUCCAAUCUAAAGGAUAUCCAAAUGAACGUUUUGAACUUCUUACCAAUUUCCCUCGGAGGAAGCUCUCUCAUCUGGACUAUGACAUUACCUUACAAGAGGCAGGCCUCUGUCCUCAAGAGACUGUCUUUGUACAGGAAAGAAAUUAACACCAUGACCUGACCUCUCUCAGCUUACCCCCUCUUCCCUUUUCCUGUGAGAUACCAUGUCCCUAAGUAUGCAUUUUGGCUCAUAGGACUAUAGAGCCAAAGCUGGACAAGCAAGUCACCUGCCUUUCCUUUAUUUCUUUCUGUCAUCUGCAAUUAGUGUCUCUCCUGCUUCUCUUUCUCCUCUUUUCCUCUGUGAUUUUCUUCUCUUUCUCACUUUUUUCUUAUCACAUAUGACCAAAUGAAAGUGUAAAGAUAAGGAUAAGAUCUCUCCCAGUACUGGCAGCAGAAAUGUGUGUUAUAAUUGGUCUCUUUUGUGGCACCUUUUUGGUAUCUAGUGAUAUUAACCAUAGACUCCUAUGACAAAGAAUGGCUAGAAUCAGAAUUUAAAAACAACCCCAUUUUUGGUAGGUAAAAGAAAUUGUUCUUCAUAUAAGAAGAUCUCUUAAUGAGAUAUCCAGGCUUUUGUUUAUAUGGGAGGUGAUCCCCUUAUACUAUUGCUCAUCAUAUUUAAAAUUUCCUUCCAAGAUUCCCAUCUUCCAGUUACAAGAGUUAUUUCCAUGAUGUGUGUUAUUGGCAGAAUGAGUGCUUAGUGUAUUGUAUAGCAAAGGUGGCUUUCAGUGUUCUAGCCUGAGACAGUUUUCUUUAUUAUUGCUCUAUUAGUUAUAUUCCUCUUUCCAGUCCUGGGAUGAACCUUUAGUGAGCAUCUGUGUCUGGGCUAGGUAGGAAGGUGCUUGCUGUUUUUGCCUGCACAGCCAAUUAGUUCCUUUGUUUUCAUUGUCUGAGUCUGUAGUGUUCUGUAGGAAGGCAGGUGUUCAAUAAUCAUGUAGUACAAUGGCUUAUAAUUGUAAACACUAUGGUUAUUGAUUGUCCUAUGUGCUUAAGGCAUACUUAGGUAUAUCCCGGGGUUGGGGGGGUGGGCAGGGUGGGGGAACCUGCAGCUGAGAGUUGCUAGUGAUGUUCUUUUGGUUAGAAAUAGUGAUUUUGUUUACCCCCAAUUGGAAAUACUCUAAAGUGCUCUGGUAACUAAAUUCCUCAUGUUCUUUUAUUCUAUAAAAUUUUAAAACUGAAAGUCUCUGAUAGGAAAACCUUAAAACCCAGUUCAUGAGACAACAGUUAUUAAGAAGGACAUUACCAGUAACCGUCAGAUGUGAGUCUUUUUCUGCCAACAAGUCAACAUUCAAGUUGUAUUUGGUGAAAGCUUUUUUUUCAGUAUUAUUUAGAAGAGGCCACCUGAGUUUAUAUAGUACUAUAUUAUCAUCAGCUUUACUCUGUGCUCAGUUCUUUCUUGAGCUUUUAGAUAGAGUGCUCCAGCAGAACAGUAGUGAUUGGUGGGAAAAUAAAACUUGAAACCGCUUAUAAAACCAUUUCUGUAGGAUUGACCUGUCUUGUCAAUCGGAGAUUUCGAUUGAUUCUUGUACUUGAGGAACAUAAAUUGUGAUUGCUCAGAGACCUUUGGGUUCCUGUGUCCGUGCAGGUUGCUCUCUUGGUAACUAGGGGUUAAAAAGAUAAGCUAAGGGAUGUGGUAUGUUUCUAGUGUGCGAUGGUAGAAUAUGGUUGUUAAUGGUUGGAUUUUGAGGGACCUCCCUAAAGAAUGGGUUAUGUAUCUCCUCAAGGAAAUCAUGGGAAAUUCUGUUAUUUUUCAGUGAGUCCUUUUGAAUUAAUGUUCUUACAUUUUUUUCUAAGUCUGUGUAAGUGCUUAUGUAUAAGUAUAUAAUUGUAUAAAUAUUUAUAAAUAUAUUUAUAUAAUUACAAUUCCAUUUAUACUUUUGAGUCAAAGUUCUCUCUUUAGAUUGGUGACUGAAUAAUACCACUUUGGUGUUUUUAUAGCGCUUGAGGCUUAACCAACAGUUUGGAUUUCUUGAGCAAGCAUGUUAAUUCCUCAGUUGUAGCUUUGAACUUGAAUAAAAACUGACUGAGGAAUGUAGCUGUAUACUCUCAAAUGUACAAAACUAAUAGUCAAGGUAAGCAGUCUAAAGCCUCCGGGAGCCCCAGGGUAAAAGUGAGAGCAUUCUCAGCUUUGCUAUGCUGGCACCAUCUCCACUCCUAGCACAAGCCCAGCUAAAGCCCAAACCAGUCAAGAGUUGUCCCUUCGAGGACUCUGCUUCGUUCUCUUGUCCUGUCUGUUUGGUUCUCUAUAGAGUAACCUCUCUUGAGAACCUGAGGCAGGAUGCUCAGAGUGAGAGGGUGUAUGCAGUUCUUUUUUUUUUUUUAAAUAUACUUAGCAUUGGCAAAUCCAUUUAUGAGAAAUUAAGAUGACUGAGUAUAUAUGUGUGUUAAGAGACAAGGCACCACACAUAUAUCAAGCUUAGGAUGAUGAGCUGUGGGGGACUUUACUCAUUUUGACCAGGAUUGGCCCAUGGGAGGAAGAGUUAUAGAUAUACAUGAGAAAAAUAAAUGGUAAUAUUGCCUUGCUCAAGUAUUUAAUUUAUGUAAGAAGUUUGUCUUUGUUCUUCUGCAUGUUGUUUUUCUUUCAAGGGGGAGCUUUUACUGGACAGUCAAAUGAAGUCUGUGUUAGUUAAACAUAGUGAUUCCCUAUAGGUAGUAGACAUAGCUCAGAAGUUUUUAAAGUAAGGAGGAAAGGGACAAGAUAAACUUGAGAGUGACAUAUAAAGAAAGGGAAUGAAAGCUUGUGAAAGAAAUGCUGUCUGAACUUGAGCACAGUACCGGCUGAGGGCAGAGCAGGACUGGUUGUGAGUAGCUAGCGUGUGCUGUGUGUGACGUGUGUGUUUCCUCCUUCAGUCUUCAGGCAAUCCCUACACAGUAUAUUCUACUCAUUUAUAAAUGAGGAAGAAAACUGGAAUUCAUACAGCUUGUUCAACAUGUCAUUACUGUUAAGGGCCACAUUAAAAUUAGAGCCCAGAGUCUGUUCUCUCACCCUUGUGUGGUAUGUUAUCCCAUGUCAGUUGGAGUCCCUUUAUUAUAAUAUAUUAUAAUAAUAAGGUCAUCUUAUUUUUCGGCUUUGUCAGCUAAAGGUUUUUGUUUCCUUAAAGCUGGAAGGGAUAGUUGGGGUCAAGAUUGUGGGAUUUGUACUAUUCCUAUAAAAUCUUAAUUAUGCCAUUUUUAACAGAUAGUUAUCCAUUGUUUUUUAAAAAUAAUUCAGUAAGGAAAAUAACUGCAGCAUUAUUUGCCAAGAAUAGAUGGAAACCAUAGAAAGAUUUUUUUUUUAAAAAAAAAGAAGAUACAAUUAUCUUUUCUGAUAGAUUAUUCAUGAUAGGUUAUUGAACAACCUUUGUUUUUCUAUCUUUUUGUUUUGUCCUGCAUACUACUCUACUGUAUUAGCACCCUAUUGAGUCUGUAGUCUACAUCAGAAAUAUUUUGAAAGCUAAGAUCUCUUUGAAGUGUUUCAUCCAAUUAAGGAAUCAUCUGCAUACAUGGAUAACAGCAGGAAGGUGAGUGUUAUCCCUUUCAGGGUUGAACUGUGAUAAUAGGAACUCAGGAGGGAAGGGUAGUGUAGGUUUAAUUAGGGGUGUUCUCCCAGGUGCUGUGGCUCAUUCUUGACUCUGCCUCUUUAAAAUACUAGAUUUGAAGCAUUAAGUUUAUCCGUAAGUAAUGACCUUUGUCCAAGUAAUAAAGAAUUUUAAACUCCAGUACUAGCAAUUGUUUAAUUAGCAGGAAUCUCACUUGAACACUAGAGAAAAAUACCAGAGGGCUCCUGAAAAAUUAAGGCAGGAUUUCUCUUCUUGGGUACAAUUCAUGGUGUUUGAUCUUGGUGGGCUUAGUACACUUGGGUAACAACUUUGCUUCUUGUUAUCUUGGCAAUACUUUCCUUCUCUGACUGUAGAAUUUCUUGUUUGAAAAACAGAGAAUCGAGAAAAAAGAAAAACAGAAUCGGACUAGAUUAGUUCUGUCUUUUCAAGUCAGAGAACUUUAGAUGUUUUUAAGUUUUGACAUGAGUGGAGAAGGAUAGGGUUAACUACUAGUAGAAUUAACCUCAUGGAGGAACUGUGCCUGGAAUCAUAACCCUUACAGAUAAAAAUAUCCCCAAAGUAUUAUGCAUCUGGUCUCUCCCUUUAUUUUAUCAUUCUCAGACUAAUUAAAGUGUUAAAACUGUACUUGUUAAUCAGUUCCUUUCAUUUUUUUCCUGUGUCCAAGUAUCUUUUACCCAAUCUCUUAUAGACCUCACUGUGAUGAUGAAAUCACAGAGUACAGUAUACAGAUCUAGUGAUCUUGAAACAGCCAGUUACUUUUUAAAAGCUUAAUGCUGUAAGCCUACUGAGUUUUAAGAAUGACUGAAAUGUGAUUGUGAAGCAGGUGUCCCCAGCACUGGAACUGAAUUUGUGUGCUUUAAGCUAGACUGGCUCAGCAGUUGUGUAAGUUGGGAAAUUCACACUUGGUUUGGGCAGAUGUGACCUUUUCAAUUUUCCAUUAAGCUGAUGUUUAAAAUAGUUCUUGUCCUGUAGAGGGGAUCUUUGUAGUGUCACACUGUUUAGAGAUCAUUUGUUUACUUCCUUAAUAGUAAAUUAUGGAGUGCAAAUUUAUGAGUAAUGCCUUGUGUAAAACUAAAACUUGAAAAGUAAUGAGGAUAGGAAGAAUCAGCCUCUCGGGCUCACACUUUUCCAGCAGCUUCAGCCUUAAUGAGUAGGCUGCUGCUUUCAGUCUCUACCACCCGAGUAACCACUGUCCUUGAGCAGAUACCUAAAGGCCAUUGAGCGGUGAAUGAAUAUUCAACAUUAUUGGUUUGCCUUACUUGAUAUUUCAGUUGUUUACUGUGAAACUCAGAAUCCCUAGUUCACAUUUUAGAAUGGGGUGGGAAUGUUCUUUAGACCUCAAAAUAACCAAAGAGUACCAUUCUAAUAUAUUGAUUUCUCCUAUAAUACAAAGAUUUAGUAUUUCAGUGAUGAUUAUUUGUAUUUUAGACUCGCCUUCAUGUUAGUCCCAUUAAUGAGACAGCUUAGAAUUAAGAGGUAUUUGGUUUGUUUGUUUUUAAGAGUAGAGAUUAUUAUAGCCUUGGUUAGUUUCUCCAUUAAAGAACUUGGGUGCCUAGGUUAUUGGAUAUGAUGAAUCCCUGAAGUGAAACUACCUUUUAAUCUUUCUUCUCCAUUCUCUUUUUGUCUUAUUUUGUUUUGUUUUCAAACAUUUAUGUAGUUCAGGCUAACCUCCCCCUCACCCAGGACACAGUUUCUGUAAGUAGUCUUGGCUGUCUGGAUCAGGCUGGCCUCUUAGGUAACUGUGUAGUUGAACAUGACAUUGAACCUCUGGGUCCUCCUUGGAUUACAGUUAGCCACCAUGCCUGUUUUUCACCUAAUUUCUCCAAAAAUUAGUCAUAGUAUUUAAUACGCUUGGCUGUGUUUUUUAAAGUUGUAUUUCUAAGCUUUAAUAUAUAGUAUUUCUGUCUCUCUCUCUCUCUCUCUCUCUCUCUCUCUCUCUC